GCAGACUUGCUGCUGCAGCAGAGCGGUGUGUUAACCUGACCCUCAUAACAGCGCUAGAAACAUCCACUUUCUACAAGGCUUUACUUCAUUUACGAAUGGUGAACUAUUCUGUCGAGUUUUUAUCGAACAGUAAUAUUUUUAGUUGUCAAAAAGGACCGAAAGACCCGUGUUUCCUCGAAGCUAUCAUGCUGAACACAGAGGAAAGUUCCUGGUUAUCGGGGUCUCGGCUUUCCAGCUCAAUCCCUCAGUCUCCGGGGCCUCAGUGGUGCUCCGAUGCCCCUCACCCACAAUUAAAGAUCCCGGGUGGGCGAGGGACUGCGAGGGAUCACUCCGUCGGCGUGCAGCUCCACAAGGAUGAGAAAUUGACCGUAACACAGGCCUCUGCAGCGAGUGGGGCCCCCUCUUUUCUACGCUUCCAGUACCAGCUGAAUGAGCGCCGCUCGGCCUCCUGGGAUACGUUUCUAUCGAGAGACUGCCUCUUCCUGGAGGUCCCUGCCGGGGCGCUGGUGGACGGCAGCAAAGAGGGGCUAACUGCGCUGCUUGAGUUUGUGGAGGAGAAGCUGAAAGUUAACUACGUGUUCCUGUGGUUCCAUAAAAAGAGAGAGGAUCGAUCGACCAUCUUCAGGACGUUCCACUUCAUGGGCUUUGAGAUGGUGAAGCCGGGACACCCCAUGGUACCGGCCCGGCCCGAUCUGGCUUUCAUGGCUUACUCUCUGGACAACAGCAGCUCAGAUGAGGAGUGACUGUCGCCGUGACAACUCCCUCUCCCACCCUAGCCAUCCCCCCCCAUAGAAACACACCUUCUGCCUGUUCUCUCCUUUCAAUCUGACACAAACCUCCCAAAGAAUCACUUGGACGAGGUGUCACCUUUUUUUUUGUUUUUUGUAUAGACUUGUGAUUUAAGGGGGAUUGGGAUUUCCAUGUGACGCAGAUUCCUCCCCCUCCUCCCUACCCUCCUCCUCCCUCCCAGAGGGGAUCUGCAGAUUGGAUAUAUUCUUUAUAUAUUUUCGCGCUGCCAUCAAGAAAACAGUUUGGUAUUCGGGAGAAGGCGUGUUUUACAUUAAAAUUCAGCAUAUCUCUCCUGACAGCUUCCGCUUUGAGAAAAGAGACUUUGUGUGCGCUAUAGCAUGCAAGCUGUGUUUGGUAGGGAUACAAAGAGGGAAUGAUGGUGUAUGGUAUGUUCAAUAACAUGUUGUUUCACUUUAUAAAAAAGAUGGGCGACAGCCUGAUUUGAUGCAUUUGACAUUAUAGCCCAUGUAAGCAUUACUCUACUCUUCCUCCUGACUCAUCAUCAUUCCAGCACCUUUCAAGCUCUGUAGCCACAAACGUGGAGAAACCCUGUUAUUCUAAGGGUGUAAAAAGCAGCCGGUUUGUUGAGAUGUCACACCAGGCUGGCUGUCAGCUCUUGGAGGUCAACCACCUUCCUCCUCCUCUUCCUCCUCUUGGUGAUAAUCAACCUGUCACUCAGACGGGAGGAAGAGCAGAGCGGCCUCACUGUGGUCACACACAGAAACCACUGCUUCGAGUCACUUUGUUUUUGUUCAAAGACUGUCAUCUUAAUAAUUGUAGGAGUAAGAGGGUCCGGUUUAAAGAGAAGCUCCACUUUGCAUUUAAAUGUACACAUAAUGUUUUAAUCCUGUGCAGCCCCAGUUUGUUGCCUCGUGUAUUUUCAUUACGUCACAUUCAGAGUUAAACAUCGGCUCUAUGAAUCUGGAUGGGAAAAAAACACGUUAAGAAACAUUUUUCAAGCUGCGACUUAAUUUCUUUUCGAUGUAGUGAAAGCAGGAAUUACAUACAAGUUCUUUAUGUUCUGUGCAACACACAAAACAUGUUAUUUUAUGUAGAAAUAUCAAUUUAGGAUACAUGAAGACACAAACUGGGGCUUCCUUCAGCGAGUAGUCAAACCAGUCGAACGCUCGAUUGAAACGAGUGCAAUGUUCAUAUUUUAUACUUUAGAGUCUUAUUGAGGAAUAUUUCAUCCCUUGCUGAUUCAGACCCGCGCCAUAAUGUGAGGAAAGGAGGUACAACAGAAGCACGUGAAUACCAUAUAUACAAUAAGAUUCUAAAU